GGAAGGCCCCGAUGGCGAACGGCAGCGAGCUGGGGAGCAGCAGCAGCCCGCACCUGCCCAGCGCCGGCGGCCUGCUGAGUGCCUCCGGGCUGAAGCUGGCCACACUGGGCUUGAUCCUCUGCGUGAGCCUGGCGGGCAACGUGCUCUUCGCCUGGCUCAUCCUCAAGGACCGGCACCUGCACCGUGCGCCCUACUACCUGCUGCUGGACCUGUGCCUGGCCGACGGGCUCCGCUCGCUGGCCUGCUUCCCCUUCGUCAUGCUCUCGGUGCGCAGUGGGGCCGGUGCCUGGCCCCACGGGCCCCUCAGCUGCAAGGUGCUGGCCUUCCUGGCCGUGCUCUUCUGCUUCCACGCCGCCUUCCUGCUCUUCUGCGUGGGGGUCACGCGCUACAUGGCCAUCGCCCACCACCGCUUCUACGCCAAGCGCAUGACGGGCUGGACCUGCCUGGCUGUGGUGUGCAUGGUGUGGACCCUCUCCAUGGCCAUGGCCUUCCCGCCCGUCUUUGAUGUGGGCACCUACAAGUUCAUCCGGGAGGAGGAGCAGUGCAUCUUCGAGCACCGCUAUGUCAAGGCCAACGACACUCUGGGCUUUAUGCUCAUGCUGGCGGCUGUCAUCGCUGCCACCCACCUGGUCUACAUCAAGCUGCUCUUCUUCAUCCACGGCCACCGAAAGAUGAAGCCUGCCCAGCUGGUACCAGCCAUCAGCCAGAACUGGACCUUCCAUGGGCCGGGGGCCACCGGCCAAGCGGCUGCGAACUGGACGGCUGGCUUUGGCCGGGGGCCCACGCCACCCACCCUUGUGGGCAUAAGGCAGGCCACCCACAGCCAGAUCAAAAGGCUUCUGGUGCUGGAGGAGUUUAAGAUGGAGAAAAGGCUCUGCAAGAUGUUCUACAUGAUCACCUUGCUCUUCCUGCUCCUCUGGUCCCCCUACAUUGUAGCCUGCUACCUGCGGGUCUUCAUUAAGGCCAGCUCCAUCCCCCAGGUCUACCUGACCACCUCCGUCUGGAUGACGUUUGCCCAGGCAGGGGUCAACCCCAUCCUUUGCUUCAUCUUCAACAAGGAGCUCAGGGUCUGUCUCCGAGCCCACUUCCCGUGCUGCCAAAGCAUCCAGAGCACCCAGGGCACCAUCCUUUGCGAUCUCAAGAGCUUCGGGAUGUAGGGAGGCUUUUCUCAGUCUGAAAAGCAGGAAAGGUGGAAACCAUUUUCUGUGGUUCUGCAUAUGAUCUCCGGAGAUGUGACCUGUGGGGGACACACUAAGCCACCGCCCAGCACCCAAACCUUAGGCUGUAAGAAGCUAUUUUAUUUAUUUUUCUAUAUUUUGCGUAUGCUCUCCUCAGAACAAAAGGUUACUGUCUGUGGGAACAGACACUUCAGCAAAACACCCCCAAACCUUAGGCUGUAAGAAGCUGUUUUUCUUUGUGAUUGUGUGGUUUUUAAAAACAAAACAGGGCUCCAAGUUUCUGGUCUUGCUUCUAACAUUUCUAGACGUGAUUCCAACAGAUGCGGAUUAAGGCCAUGACGUUUUUUUUCCUAUUCCUGUCUGUUUUGAUAAAGGCUUAACAAUUUUACUCAUGUAAUAUUUGAUAAAGGCCAAGACAAUUUUAUACUAAAGUUAUUUUUGAUGACCUCAAGAGGUGUUGUUUUAUUAUUAUUUGAUUUUAAUUGAAGAACAAGAAGAGGACACUUCUAAUGUGGUCAGAAGUCAGUUUUUGGUGGGAGCUGUUGGGUUAUUCAUUCUCAGAUGAUUUAAGUAUUUAAAGCAGUUACUUAUACCUUUUGCUUGACAUGCAAACACAGUGUAGAACUAAUUUCAAUUUUCUUGUUGCACUAUUCAUUUGGUAAUAUUUCAUAACUAUUUGUGAGACGUGAUUUUAAAAUAUCAACUUUAAAAAUAAUCAACUAUAGCAGUUUUUAAACCUAGAUUGAAAUUCAUAUUUUACUGCCUUUAUAGGAAGUUAUCUACAAACCUGGGUAAUA